AAAUUAAAGCAAGAGUUAUAAAAGAAAAUUAAAAAAAAAGAAACCCUUAUACUUGCAAAAUGAAUGCAGGAGCUUAGUGAAAAAAAAAAAACUAAAACAAAAUGGACAUGAAUUAAAAACUUGAGAUAAUUUUUAAAUGAAAGCAAAAAGAAAAGAUAAAUUUGAACAAACAGUUUCGUUUUAUAUAUGAAAAGGCGCGCAGUAUUCACAUACUACGCUGGAAGCUGUGAUGCGAUAAACGAAAAUAUUGAUUUUAAAAUUUAAGCAAAAGAAUUUUCUUUUAAAUAUUAAGUGAAAAAAGAGAAACAAGAAGAGAGAAAUCAUGCAAACUGCUGUCGAUUGUAAAGGCAGCAGCAGCAGCAGCAGCAGCAGCAACAGCAGCAGCAGCAUUAAGUCGACAACAACAACAACAACGACUACGACAUCGCUAGAAGCAAUUAGAAAUGUCAAUGUAUACACUACCGCGGCUGGUGCUAGCAAUGGAGAAGAGUCGAAUGUAUUACGGCAUCGAGCCAAUAUCUCUCAUACCAUCGGAUUGAUGGAUCGUACAAAUGGCUCUAUUCAUUAUAUGGAAAGUGAUGAAUAUCUUGGUAGCAAUGUGAAAUGUAUGUCUGUGACACCGUCACCAUCACCUCAAUCAUCUCCGUCAAAGCAAUAUAAGCCAAAGGUGGAACCAUUGCCCAUAAUUACCGCUGCUACCGCUGCCAUCAUAAUAAAAGAUGAAUUAGAGAAUGUAUGCAAUAUAACAAAUAGUUCCGAUUCAUCUUCCAAAUCCAAUUCGAAUUCGAAUUCCGCAUCAACGACAUCAUCUGUGAUUAAUACGCCGAUAUUAGUGCGUAAUGGCAAUGCCUUUAAAUCAGAAGCAAACACCAAAGCAAUUACGAUUUCAUCACAUUCGCAAGAUGAAGAAAAUCAAUCAAUAGCGACAGCAACUAUAACAAAAACAACAACAACAACAACAGCGGCAACAGCAACAACAACAUCAAUUAGGGAAAGCACUCAACUGCUGUCUAUUAACACUAAAACGCUUCCAAUUGUCGUUACUUCCGUUGAUUUAAAAGAAUCGCCAUCAUCCGUUUUCUCUUCUUCUACCUCGUGUAUAUCGUCUUCAUCGGGAAAUACAACAACAAAUUCAACAACUUCAUCAAUUUCAACAACACCAGCAUCAACUACACCUGCCUCUACAACAGCUACACCUGCCACCAUAUCACCAACGAAAUCGUCAUCGAUUUCCGGCUUACUCGAAUCCGAAUUAUUGCAAUGGCAGGAUAUGCCUCAAUAUUUACAAUUCAAUCCAUAUGUACUCAAGGGUUACCGUCCGCUACAAACGUUCAAGGGCUGUUUACUUAGCUUAUUUUACUGGCACAACGAAACGAUUAACAUACUAACACACGCUAUACCUAUAGUGUAUAUAUUGGCAAUCGUGCCUGGUUUGAUGCCUUGGGAGAGUGGAUAUCGUUUUUUAUCAUUUUGUCAUGUAUUCGGUUCGGUGGCACCAUGGUGCGGCAGUUUUGUCUAUCAUCUUUUCAUGAACAUUGAACGCGGCGAAAGUGUUUACUAUACUCUACUGAAAUUAGAUAUGGUCGGUAUUUGGGUCACACAGAGUUUCGGUGCUUUGCCAUUAGUGACCGCCACGACAUUUUGUUUUACGUACAAAUGGAAAUGGUUAAUAAUAGCAUCAUAUUGCCUUAUGUCACUUUGGGGCCUUUAUAAGGCCCUAACUGCCAGUUCGCCGUGGCAGCGUCGUUUAUGUUUUGCUUUGCCCUUUACCAUGCGAUCGAUUUUAACAUUUUUGCGCACAUUAGGCGUAGUGGGUGGCAACGAUGUCGCAUUGCCUCAUGUUUACCUACAGGACGCUGUGUCUUUGGUAGGUGGUGCUAUUGGUGCUAUGCGUAUCCCUGAAAAAUGGUUUCCCGGUCUAGUGGAUUUCUAUCUUAAUUCACACAAUAUAAUGCAUGUUUUAGUUGUUGUAGCCGUCUAUUCAAUGCAUAAGGCAACUAUCAAAGACUUUGAAUGGAUGUCAACCACAGAUUGCAAUGGUUAUGCUGGCAGUAAUGCAACUGGUAAUACUAUAGAAACAAUAUUUACUACAAAUAUUGAGCUAUGACCAGCUGAUGAUGAAUUUAAUAAUCUGUUAAAUUAUUAUAAACGUUUUCUAUUUUUCAUUAAUUUUAAUAAUAGUUGAACAAUAUUCCAAUAGUUUAUUUAUGACAAAAAGAGAAUAAAAAAAAAAAAAAAAAAACA